AGGUUCUGAUGAAAUGAUCUCCCUCUUUCUCUCUCUCUCUCUUGUAGAACGAAGUGUCCCCGAUAGCUCUGGAGUGAUCCGUAGUAGAACCAAGUGUGUGUUGGGGUUCUAAAAUGAUCUGUAUAAGUGGCACAAUACAGGAUCGUCGGCUUAGAAAUGAUUCUCUUGGACUUGGCUGUGGAUAGUACUAGAAUGUAGCUUUAGAUUUGUGUAAAGAAUCUUCUGCUAUGAUUCGUCUAAAGAGUCUUCUGCAGUGCUCUCACUCUAUAAAAUUGUUACCUCCAUAGUGGUCUAGCAUUGUCUAUCUUUCCACGGGGGACUAGGUGUCUGUUUUUAUCUCAACAAACUUUAGUUUGCCUAGUUUUAUUUGGAAAAAAGGAUGCAGUGGUUAAUAGCUCCUCUCGCGGUGUACUUGGUGGUAACCAAGUGGGCCAUGAUCAAAGCCUACUUGCCUGCGAAAGUAACCGCGCCAAUCGAUCGGAUGACCGCGAGCCCACAGUCCUUUGUCGUGCAGUGUCACAGCUUUGCCCUUCUAUCGGCGAUCGUUUACGUUAUUCCGUUUGACCUUCUGGGCUUCCAAAUUCAAGCCUACUUUUAUUCGGCCGCAAUGUGGUGCUCGCUCGCCGCAAGUUGCAUCACAAUGUAAAUUUUAAGACCUAAAAACUUGAGAUCAUGUUGAAGGUAGAGGUUGUUAGGAAAGCCGUUUGGUAUUGUCUGUAGACUAGAAAUGAAAAUUGAGAAACGUUUCCCAAGGAGAAAAUUGAGAAACGUUUCCCUGUUUGGAGGUUAGAAGAUUCGAGCAACACAUGAUCCACCAGAAAAUAAUAGAGUGAGCAAUUAUGUCCCGUAUGAGGAUUUUUUUCAUCUCAUGCAAAAAAGAUUAUUGACUAUCUAAGGUUCAACAACUUAUUUUCAAUGAAUCCACCAAAUAACAGAGUAAGCAACUACGGAUCACCACCAGUGAGAGAAGGAUGGGAAAAGUGUAAGGUGUACCUUGGUACUGUUGUUCCGGCAACGGAAUUCCACUGGCUCUUUUACGCAACGAUAUUCAUUACUUUUCCGCCUUGCCUACCAGUGCUGGCGAUUCCAGCACGAAGAUCACUGUGGGCGAUUUUGAAGUACUAUUCUUUAAUGAAAUAUUACAAUCCGCAUUAAAUCGUUUUAAUUUUGUCACCUUGAACGACUGCUGACCUAAGGCUAAGCCGAGAAGUGACGUAAUGAACGAACCUGCAUAAAGCCUAUCAAUUAAAGGGUGCUGUGCCUCGCCGAACGUGGGUAAAUCAAUGAAUCAAUCAAUUGAUCAAAACGAAACCUCCAGGUUCGCAGGUAAAAACAUGCAAGCAGUACCACAGUUAGCACAGCUGAAGCCACAGUAUGACCAAUUGAUGGCAAAAGAAGCAGAGGUCAUGCUGUACUCUGCGGUAGCCGAAGUCGCGCUGGGAUUUUACUUUUACGUCAAAAAAAUUUUCUAUCUGAAGAAGGCCAUUUCUAUAACAAGGAGUAGUUGUACAUGUAAGUAACACCAUGCUGGUUGUCAAAGCUUCCUUUGGGCUUAGGGUUAGGUUAAUUUUCUUGCUCUCUGGUUAAUUUUCUGCUCUCUCUAAUCCACGAUCCUGAUGCUGAUAUUUCCGGAAACGCGGUCGAUAAUGAUUGUCUUCGUGUACUGGACGUUCCUGCGGAUGCGAUACCAGAACCCAAAGUUAUGCCAGAUUACAUGAUGAUUCAGAGACUGUGACGGCCAUAUGUUAGUUAUGGUCGUCAUAGAUACUCACUUUAGAAGAUUGAUAGCAUUGUGGUACCUAUUCAAUCUUUAUUCGGGUAGCUUCGAUUUUGAUGAACUAGGUAAUCUUCAAUUCUGCUAAACUCGGUGAAGAUGGAGUGAUCUGGAUCUAAGUUCAGUCAUCCUUCUAAAGCCUUAGUGUGACGCAGUAUUAGAAGAGGGCCUUGUCCUCACUCACUCGUACUUUUACGACCUCUUCAACAAUCGUUCGUUCUAUAAUAGGAUCUUCUCGCGUCUAUUCUACGGUCUCUGCUCCAUCGCUUUACUCUUCACCAUUUUUUGAAUUUUCCCAUCUCUAAUAAAAAGCCAGAAGCAGCAGCAAGCGGCAUGGGAGUUGGUUGGGCAACGUGUGGAGCCGGUGUUGGAAAAAGUUCCGCCUCUGAGAAAAGCCGUAGACUAUGCGAAGGUGUACUUUCAGAAACCAGUGUAAAAAUACGGAUACAUGACCUCCCUCUACUUGGUCCGUUGUCCCAAGGAAGAUCUGGUCUGGAGAUUACGGAAGCUAUAAUGGGAUAAAAGCAUUUUGAAAGAGCCUGCUGCCCUAAGGUUCACCCCGAUCUAGUCAUCCCUCCAUGGAAGCUAGAGCUUCACCUCUUAAGAAUCUCAAGAACACACCUUUACCGUCAGAUUCAAUUUACAUGAAUACGCGAUGAUGCCGUGGCCGCCUGCCCGGUAGCUGAAAAGCUUGAUCAGAUGAAGAAAUUGAAAAAAAACAUUUGAUGACACUUAUUUUUGGAACUCUGUCAUGGCACUUCAUUUCAAAAUAUGUUAGAACAACAAGAGACCCAGAACUAGUGCAGCGGGACUCCGGUGUCACGCCGGGAUGUUC